AUGAACAGAGCCCUGGAAAAGUAUUAUCUUUCCACCAUGUACAGCCUUGAGUUCAUCAUAGGCUGCCCUGGAAACAUCAUUGCUGCAUUUGGCUAUAUUUUCUGCCUGAAAAAAUGGAAAAGUUGCAACAUCUACUUGUUCAAUUUAACAUUGUCAGAUCUGUUAUUUCUGUGUACUCUUCCAAUACUGGUGAACAGCUACUCCAGAGAUGAGGAGGUAACAGAGAUCAGCCUGUGCCACAGCAACAGGUUCCUGCUGCACGCGAACCUGUACAGCAGCAUCCUCUUCCUCACCGCUAUCAGCAUUGACCGCUACAUGCUCAUCAAAUAUCCCUUCAGGGAACACUUCCUACAGAAGACAAAAACAGCCCUUAUCGUGUCUGUCAUCCUGUGGGUCGGGGUGAUACUGGAGCUGCUGCCACUGGUCAGUUUCCUGGAGUCCCCUGACAGCAUCCCCAGCUGCCGUGACUACGCAAGCUCCGGAAACCCCGAGAAAAACCUCAUCUAUAGCCUGUUUCUGACCGUCUUCGGGUUCCUCGUCCCUCUGGUGGUCAUGUGCUGCUUCUACGUGAAGAUUAUUCUUUUCCUCACCAACAGGAGGGAGCAGCUCAGCUCCCCCCUGACGCUGGAGAAACCCCUCACGCUGGUGGUGAUCACCAUGGUUAUCUUCUCCCUGCUCUUCACUCCCUACCACGUCAUGCGCAACGUCCGCCUCGCCUCCCGCAUCCCGGCCCUCAACGUGUCCGUGUGCACCAAGGAUGUCAUCAACACCAUCUACAUCCUCACCCGGCCCAUCGCCUUCCUGAACAGCGCCAUUAACCCCGUGUUCUACUUCCUGAUGGGUGACCACUUCAGAGAGCUGCUGGUGGCAAAAAUACGGGGUCUCUUUGGCCGGCUGACAACAACCAGCAGCCAGGCUGUGAAUCAGGAGGCCUCUCCGAGCGGGAGGCAGAGCCGGGAGGAGCGAUCCUAG